AUGGGGUCUCCAAAUGUUGAGGGCGACAAUCCCACUAUUCUGAAACCGUCUAUAUACUCCGAUUUAAUGGGGAGUGGCACAUCCUACUCAACUUCGAUAACUGUCUCUAGUCUUGAAAACUCUUUGACUGAAUCCCCUGAUCAUUCCCCGGACACAUUACCUAACCAUUCAACUCUACCUUCCACUCUUAGACAUACUUCUUUCACCAAAACCACACCCGACUACCCUUCUUGCAUUAACCCUACUGGUAAUAAACUAAACGCUCAUCAAAGUGGAGUCAACGCCCCCAAUUCUUCCUUUUCUCAUGGCAAAACAGACAAACCACUCGGUUUACAUCAUACCCUUCUACUAGACAAACAGUCACCGUACCUGACACUUAUGUUAAUCAACGCUCGAUCUGUACAAAGUAAGAUGACUUACCUACGCACCCUAUUACUUAUAAACAACCCCUCACUUGUUUUGAUAACGGAAAGUUGGCUGUCCUCCGAUACCACAGACACAUAUCUACAAAUAGACACAUAUGAGCUCUUCCGCUGUGAUCGAGUCACCAAGAAGGGUGGUGGUUGUCUGGUUUAUGUAUCAAAAAAAUUGAGAGCGGAAAUCUAUAGCGACGACGUCCUCAGCAAACUUCCUGAAUCGAUAUGGAUUACUGUGCACACUCAUGAGUGCAAAAUACUAAUCGGAUGCAUAUAUCGAGCUCCUAACACUCCUAGUUCAACUGACACUAUUUUAAGUGAGUCAUUUGCUCAGGCUGCCUCGCUUGACUUCACUUACAAAAUUGUAUGUGGUGACUUCAACCUUCCCACCAUCAACUGGAAAACACAUUCUGGCCCAUUGUGCUUUGAAAGCAUACUUAGGUCCUUAGACAUACACGGCUGGCAACAACAUGUACACCUGCCUACACGAAAUCACAACAUUCUUGACUUGAUAUUCUGUCAUAAUGUCACGCCAACAUCAAUGGUGGUUGGCGAAAAGUUUCACAACAGCGAUCACAAAAUAGUCCUCUGCACCCUUCCGAUUCUUGCCAUAUGCAACAAAUUAAAGACAUUAAAAACGCGAUUCCAAUAUAGAGACUAUGCAAACGCUGACUGGGAAAACUUUCGAUUUCUAAUAAAGCACUCUGACUGGGGCAGUUUCUUUACCAGUAAUAACCUCUUAGAAACAUUAGAAAUAUUCAAUAUCACCACCAAAUCUGCACUAGACACUACUAUACCCUCUAAAAUUGGUUUUAAAACAGUUACUCCCUAUAUAAACCAAAAGACUAGGUCUAAACUGAGAAAACUGAAAAGGAUGUACUACAUAUCAAAAGACUUCAGUGCCCUGCACCAGAUAUACUCUGUACUUGACAGAGUACAAAGUCAACACAACAAGCAUAAACAGGUAGAGGAACGUACUGCGCUCGCUGCUGCAUCUAAAGCCCAAGCCUUAUGUCGUCUCCUCACGAAACGCAUAAGAAAGAACACAGACCACAACAUUCACUCCUUACUGCACGAUGGAGUAACGUAUAAUGACCAAACCGUCAUAUGUGAACUAUUAAGUGAAUGGUUUUCUCACAAUGGGAAUACAUCUGAUGCUCCAGAUAUCGACAUAAAGUGCACCGGCAAAAACUAUCUUAGUACCAUAAACUUCGACAUUAGGAGUAUACAUACCACCAUUCAAACCCUUAAGCCAAAUGCGAGUUCUGGUGCCGAUGACAUCCCUUCAAUCGUUUAUAAAAUGUCAGGGCCGGACAUACAGACGCUACUACUCAAAAUAUACACAUUAUCUUUAGAGACAGGUACAUAUCCGGAAACCUGGAAGGUAACGUAUGUUCUUCCCAAACACAAAUCCGGACCGAGAAACCUGGUUGAAAACUACAGACCUAUAAAUAUCACUCCAGUCAUAUCACGCAUAAUGGAAAAAGUGAUACAAAAUCAACUAUCUGAUCACCUACUCAAGGAAGAUCUAAUAGACCCGUCACAACACGGCUUCAUUAG